AUGAGUUUGGAUCGUAUCAUUCAGGAUUCCGACGAGGACGAACCCUUUGAGGGGGAUGACCUCCCCGCCCCGGUCAACCCUGUCCACCCCUCCGAGCCCGCAUUGCAGGAAUAUCAACAUGCCCCCGCCAAACAGACGACCCACAAUGCAGUGUAUGAACACGGGCCUGCUCCUGAUGAAAGCACGUGCUCACAACUAAAUGUCAAUUUCGACGAGUUCCUCCAAUCGCAAGAAAGGGGCCAUUCAAUGCUAUCGUCGUCGCAGCAGCGGCUGGAGGACAAAUGGAUCCCCUCAACCAGUGGUGGAAGUGGGUCGGUUGGCGCCAUGAUGACGGAGAUCGGAAUCGCCCAGAGAAGACUACUGGACGAUGACCCUUCAAGUGCAAGCCUACUGCUCCCUUCUAUAGCUGCGCUGUACUCGACAGAAUCAUUUCAAUCCGCGCCUUUUCCUACCAUGCCAAGCUCUCACACAUAUCAGGUGGAUCAACAGGAGAGUGGUAGCUUCACAUAUAAUCCAACACCCAUUGAACCCUACGUCGACUGCAAUCACACUUUGUUGCCAACCACACAGGGUACAUAUGACUUGGCCGUCCAUGAUACCACUAAUUUAAUGACCUCGCCUCCGAAAAUCAUUCCCCAUCAAGCUACCGACCCCUACAUGGAACAGGAGAACCCACCCUCAAACCCAUCCCAGGAAGCCUCACAACCCCAACCGCAGCAAACGGGUUCUUCUUCUCCCCAUGACACCGAACCUCUCUCUUCUGUUCCACCCAUGCAAUUAAGCGAAGCAAAAAUCACCACCGCUGGGACCAGUCUCAUUUCCCUGCAGCAAUCCCAGUCAAGCACGCACGACGAGCUCGCCCUGCCAGCUGUCCUACCAACAGUGCCAGAUGUUGGUAUGCCCGUUGCCAAGAAGAAGCGAGGACGGCCCAAGAAACAGAUCGUGCCAGAUAGCGACGAAGAUGAUGAGCUAGCCAACUCCCGGGACCACGAGUUCCAGCACCAUGGCGCAAAUGGUGCGAUUGACCCCUCCGAUAGCGAAGAGACCUCGGAAGAUGACACCCCGGCCUCGAGCGGAGUCUCCAAAGAGACUGACCAAGAAAAUCUAGAUGCAGCCCCCAAGUCUGCAAAACCAGGAGCUAAGGGGCCGAAAAAGAAGAAAACUAGAAAAAGCAAGACUACACCCACACCCGGCCCUGCUGAUGAUGACGACGACGUGAUAUGGGUGGAUACGAAACCUCUCAGCUCGGAACCUCCAACCGAGAAAGCCACCCCACUACCAGAAGCCCCAGCAGCUCCAAGAGAGGACUUAGAGUCCGAAGUUUUGGACUCAAACCCACCCAUUGAACCCCAGGCACCAGUUCCGGUUGUAGAGAAGACACAAGAUGCAGAAAAACCAGCACCCAAGAAACGCGGACGCAAGCGAAAACAGACCGAAGCGGAAACACCACCAGAGUCCACAGAUACACCCGAACCAAACAACCCACCCUCGGAAGCCCAAACUCCUGCAUCUAAGUUGGCUGUCGUUGUCGAUAAUAGUCCUCGAUCAAUCGAAGCUAACGCCGAUAACAAUACAUCUGUUAUUAGCGAGAACCAGGAGUCCCAUCCACUUCCUGACUCUAACCCUCUUCCCGAAGCAAUUAAUACCCCUCAGCCUCAGACUCCUUCGAAACCAGAUGCUGCAUCUGUCAAUACACCACAGAAUACAGGGAAAGGCCCGGAUAAGCACAGUCCCAUCUCGGCGAGGAGUGGGGUGCCUUACCGCGUGGGAUUGAGCAAGAGGGCGAGGAUUACGCCGUUGCUUAAGAUUGUGCGGAAAUAG